AUGACUCGCCUUUGUUGUUUAGAUGAUCUUGCAGGUUUCGUCCUCAAAGGUUCUUUCUGUGUAUGCUUUUGUUGUCGCAUGGAUGGUGAGGCAAUAGUACCCUCUUUCGGUAGGGCUUUGCUGUGUUGAUUCAGUGUAAAUUGUUGUAUGGUGUUUCCCUUGACAAUUUCGACAAGCGCCACUGGAACACGACGGGAUUCGGAAUCUACGAGAUCGUCCAGAGUAUAA